GUCCCAGAAUUUGAUCCCAUAGAAUCGUAGAAACCGUGUUAUGUUGCAUCAUUUUAAAGUGGAAUGACACACGAACAAGUUGGACGUAUAACGACAAGGUGCUAAAUUAAAAGACAUGGAAGAAGUUUCGUCGGAAACUUCUUCUUUUGCUUGAGCUGAAAAGUCAGUUAAGGGUUGACCCGUUGACUUACUCACCACCACCCAUGCCAUAGCAGGAGACGGUGCAACCGCUGCGUACGUUCCCACUGAUAUCUUUCUCUUCAACUGUGGCGAAACAUCCAACCAGAUGGACAUAAGUGGCCGUAACUGGAUGGCAGAGCAACCAAAUAUUCUUCCGUCAAAUGCAGCCAUAGCGUCGUUUGUUUCACAUGCGUCAUUCCAAGGAUCGGGAGUUCCUCAGGUUCCGUACAUGACUGCUCGAAUUUUCCGACAUGAUUUCACCUACAGUUUUCCCGUGUCUCCGGGCUGGAAGUUCCUCCGGUUAUACUUUUACCCUACCCGUUACAGUUCCGACCUCGAAGCUGCCGUAAACUCCUACUUCUCUGUCACCGUCAACGGUUUUACUCUCUUGAAGAACUUCCGUGCCGAUUUAACGGCAAAGGCUUCUCAUGAUGCGUCCAUAUUUAAGGAGUUCAUAGUCCCUGUUUCGAGUGGAUACACGAUGCUAAAUCUCACGUUCUCACCUUCUUUAAACAUGUUAGCUUUCGUGAACGGCAUCGAGAUUGUCUCCAUGCCUGAUCGGUUUUACUCCAAGGGAGGCUUCGACGACAAAAUAAAACAGGUAGGUAAUAGCAUUGACUUCGAGAUAAACAACAGCACGGCUUUCGAAACUGUUCACCGGCUAAACAUCGGUGGACAACUGAUUGACGGCAUAAGUGAUACAGGGAUGUUCCGGCCGUGGCUUGCUGAAAAGUUUCAACUAAGUGAAAAGUCGGGAAUCGUGCCAGUCGUUCCGGGUGUAAAGAUCAACUACAUGGAGAAUACUCCAGCGUAUGUCGCGCCGGAAGAUGUGUACACGACGUACCGUACAAUGGGUAACGCCGAGCAUCCUAGGCUGAACCAGAACUUCAAUCUGACAUGGCUCUUCCCAGUUGAUGCCGGGUUUAACUACCUCGUCAGGCUUCAUUUCUGUGAGACUCUAUCGGAUGUGAACGGACCGGGCCAACGUGUCUUCACCAUCUUCAUUGGAAAUAAGAUUGCAAAGCUUGACAUGGAUGUCAUUCAGCUGAGCGGUGGUUCUCGCAUUCCGGUGUAUCUAGACUUCAGUGUGCUUGUUGGUUUUGAAAGUGGGCCGCGACCUGAUCUACGACUUGACUUGCAUCCUUACACGGACAGUGGCCCAAAGUAUUACGAUGCUAUUCUCAAUGGCGUAGAGAUCCUCAAGCUUAGUGUCUCUGGCGGAAAUCUUGCUGGACCUAAUCCUAAUCCUACGUCAGGUCUUACUCCAAACUCUGUAAAUCAAGAUAUACAAAAACCCAAAGCCAAGUCACACGUUUUGGUAAUAACACUUGGAACUGUUGGGUUUGCAAUUGUGUUAGCAAUGUUUAUUGUUGUUGUCAUCGUCAUGAAGAGGAGGAAGAAGAAAAAGAAGGUUAAUGUAGACACCAAGAGCAAGCCUACGGACUCGUGGACUACUCUUCCGCUUGUUGCCGGGUCCUCCCAUACCAGAUCGACCACAUCUCUUCCAUCCGAUCUCUGCCGUCGGUUCUCCAUCCUCGAGAUCAAAUCCGCCACAAACAAUUUCGAGAAAAAGCUGAUCGUUGGAGUAGGCGGGUUUGGUCCUGUCUACAAAGGAAGAAUCGACGGUGGAGCCACGCUUGUGGCUGUUAAACGGUUAGAUGUUUCAUCCAACCAAGGCGCUACCGAGUUCGAAGCAGAGCUCAAGAUGCUCUCGGUGCUCCGUCAUAUACAUCUCGUUUCCUUAAUCGGAUAUUGCGACGAUGAGAACGAGAUGGUUCUUGUCUACGAGUAUAUGCCACAUGGCACACUUAGAGACCAUCUCUACAAGAGAAACAAGGUUUUUGAUCCCCCAUUGUCGUGGAAACGGAGGCUAGAGAUUUGCGUCGGUGCGGCUCGUGGACUACAGUAUCUCCACACAGGCGCCAAGGACAUGAUCAUUCAUAGAGACAUCAAAACUACAAACAUACUUCUUGAUGAGAACUACGUAGCUAAAGUCUCCGACUUUGGGUUAUCAAAAGUGGGUCUUACAAGCUCAUCUCAAACGCACGUCUCAACGGUCGUUAAAGGAUCGUUUGGUUACUUGGACCCUGAGUAUUAUCGCCGUCAAGUCUUGACGGAAAAAUCUGACGUGUACUCCUUCGGAGUUGUUCUGUUCGAAGUCUUGUGUUGUAGACCGGUCAAGCUCGAAAGCGCUCCACGAGAGGAAGCAGAUUUGAUCCGAUGGGUGAAGUCAAAUUACAAAAAAGGAACCGUUGAUCAGAUCGUUGACGCAGAUCUAACGGCUGAGAUUACUCCGCUAUCGCUGGAGAAAUUCUGUGAGAUCGCUGUGCGAUGUGUUCAAGAUCGUGGUAUCGAACGGCCAUCAAUGAACGACGUCGUUUGGGCGCUUGAGUUCGCACUUCAGCUUCAUGAAGCUGCUAAGGAUAAGAAUGGCGUGGACUCUCUUGAUAUCCCGAGACGUGACGAGGUAGGUACGACGACAGACGGAGAAAAUAACUUGUUUAGUAGGACUACGGGACGCAUGUCAAAAUCUGUGACGAGCGAUGAUGAUUCUGCUCGUCUUGCUGGCGACGAGAGGAGCGGAUCGAGUUGGGGAGUAUUUUCGGAGAUAAAAGACCCCAGAGCACGGUAAAUUGUUGAAUAUGUAAUAUGUAUAUAUAACUGUUGAAAAAAAACAUAAUAUGUAAGUUUUUUUGUGUACUAUAUUUUCUGUUUUGAAUCA